UGCCUGCCGCACAACUGAUAUCCGUAAUCGCAUAAUGUGGCGGACAGUCGGCGAGACAUACCGGUACGUCGCAUAUCUAUACGUAUAUUUAGACUCGAGACGAAUUUCUUCCGCGAUCGGCUUGAAAAUAACCGGUAAAUCAGCCACCGAUACGCUUCGCGUGAGAUAAGAAAUGUAUGUACAACACACGUAUGUACGUGUUCGCGUGGUGAAUAUACGGGAAACGUAGGGUGAAAAUACAAAUCGAGGGGAAACGUUGCUUCGUUUUGUACAGGUUAGAAAAUGCGCGAACGGUUCGUUUGCUCUUGUUCUGGCGCGCGCGCCACCGUAUAUUCUCGCUUUCUCCUGGGCAUGAUUCGAACGUACACCUACUUACGUAUCGCACGCAUGAACGUCGAGAGAACGGACAGCGUCUAAUGAGUUAACGAUGAUCUCGCACUCGCACAAUUAUGCUUACUUAUCCUCGAAGCAAUUGAAUUGGAGGCCAGCUACCGAUCCUUACCGCUGUCGUUUCUCUGCGCCAGGGCGAGAAGAACGAAGAAAGACGAAGAAAGCAGGCUUCCACGUUGGCCCGAUCGGUGAAAGUCGUCCAAAAUGUCACCAGAGUUUAACCUUACUGCGAAUACGCACAGCUGAAAUGCUUUACGGGACAAGUGGGCAAGUGUGGCGAGGACUCGUACGAGUAACACAAAUAGCGAGGCGAAGAAGUAGGAAGAAAGAGGGAAUCCGAAGAAUUCGAGUCACACCUAGAAACAAUGAGUUCCAACAUAUAUUUACCUCUGGAAGGGAAAACAAAAAGAAAUUAAGGAACGCAGAGAGAUGGAGACAUGGGCGAGGAAGCCCACCCGAGUCUUCUUCCUCCGUUUCUUUCUCAUCUCGUUGAUCAGUCUCCCGGAUUGCAUACAGAAGAAGGUUGGAACUAAGUUAGAGAGCCUCUAUGCACACAGUGUGUCACGCGCGAGAAAUGCAGUUAGCCCGCCCACGCAGUUUCGCGGAAACUCGACCCUGGAACAAUGCCUUCCUUCCAGGGGUACACGACCUGAACUUACCACAAUACUUAUUGGGAAUACUUAUUGUACUCAAUGACCACGUGCAAACGUGCUUUAUUAAAAGCACUCCUUUCUCUUGUUAAAUUUCGCUGACGCGUUAUUCAUACUCAUUAUUCAUUGUCAAGCGCGUUGGAAAAGUUCCAAUGAUGAGCGAUCGGUCCAGUUGAAUAAUUACCUGUGACAAAUAUGUGCUGUUAUUUUCUAUAUACAUACAAAUAGUGUAAAGAACGCAUUACGAAGAGAUCAACGGUAUAGAGGUUAAGACUACUUUUAGUGUCAACUUUCAUGGAUUUCAAAAUGUCUACAUCUUUCACCUAGAUUUAUAUAAUAUUCAACGAUGUAACUCCAUAAACUAACUACUCUAGAUAUUCUACAGAGAGAGAGAGAGAUAGAG